AUGCUAAGAACUGGGGACACUGGUGACUGGAUAGGUACCUUCACUGGUCACAGUGGCGCCGUAUGGUGUUGCACACUAAAUGCGGAGGGAACACGUGCCGCCACAGGUGCCGCAGAUUUCACUGCGAAAAUAUGGGACGUCACUUCCGGCCACGAACUUCUAAACAUUACCCAAGAUCACAUUGUUCGAGCUAUUGACCUCUCCGCCACUGAUGGUGGAAAGCGGCUUUUGACUGCUAAUAAUAAACAACAAGUGUUUGUGUAUGACUUAGAAUCUCAAGGAACACCUGUCACUUCCUUUCCGGGCCAUAAGAAGACUAUUAGGCGGUGUUUAUGGGUUGACAAUGAUAAGCGAGCCUUGACUAUCACCGAUGAAAAAAUUAUGAGCUUAUGGGAUGUCACAUCGAGUGGAAUGUCAGGAACUGCUCAACCUGCUUGGCAGAUCACUCUAAGCGAUUGCCCAAUGGACGUUCAACUCUGGUCUUGUGGCGAUUCCGUCAAAGGCAUUGUCGCACAAGGAAAACUCGUGCUAGUCUAUGAUUUCGAUUUCCGCGCUCCCGACAUGACUGCACCACAAGCUCCCACUCUCAAGGCCGUCAUGCCUUCUCCCAUGUACACUGCCCACAUGAACCAUCUUGGCAAUAUGUUUAUCUGUGGUGGUGAAGACAAUCUUCUUUACCGGGUCGAUGCCAACUCUGGUGAGAUUUUAGAAACGUGUCGUGGUCACUUCGGGCCCGUUCAUUGCGCCCGAUUUUCGCCUGAUGGCCGCCUGUUCGCCAGUGGCAGUGAAGAUGGGACCGUGCGCCUCUGGCAGACUGAGGCUGGGGAAUCUUAUGGUCUCUGGCGAUUGUCGGAACCCUCUGCCCCACUUGCCAAUAACUCUCCUCAACCUGUCGCUGCGGGUCUUUCGUGA